UGUGUGGGUGGAGCGGCGGUGCGCAGGCGCGCCUGGCUGUCUCAGGUAGCAGCGCUGGGCUGCGCUCAGUUGGAGCAGCGAGCAGCAGCGUCCUGUUAAUCCAGCCUGUCCCACUCCGGCCAGCGCCGCUCGGACACUGCCUCCUGCACACAGAUCGACCAGCGACCAUUUAUCGGGAGGAAGGAGAGAGAAACCUUCCAGUUGGAGCAGGAGAGGGAUUGAAAAACACAGGCAAAAAAAAAAGUUGCUGCAAAACUCCUACUAAACUUUGCAAAAGUUUCAACUCCAUCUUCAACUAUAAGUUGCAGCACUUCAGAGUCAUUUGUGGACUCGGCUGAGAGUGAGCCCAAUUGUUCCAGCAUUGGAUGCGUUGCUGUCGAAGUGGGGGUACAUGUUGCAGCGACUGGGAUAGAUAGAUAGUGUGUGAGUGGCUCCGGGCGACUGGAGAAAGGGGAGAGCGGAUUGAAUCGCGUUGCUGCCGCUGGAAGAGGUCGUUUAAAGCAAACAAAGCGAGAGCAGCGAGUGGAGGGAGGUAGCAGCGGCGCCUUGUGAGCUACUACCAGAGAGGCUCCACACUCCCCCUCGACAAUUCGUGUGACAGCCGACCGUGAAAAUGGCUGGACGGCGGUGCAACGGACCCCGGCUCUGACAGACCCGACUCGCUGGGUGAAGUGGACUCUCGCUUGUUCAAUAAACUAAGCGCAGCUCGUCGGAUAAAAGUGUACGGCCAAAGGGGACACACCAUCGGGCAUUUGUAUUACAAAAGCUCAAGGCAGAAGUUGGAUAAAAGAGACUCCAGGACGGAAAGAGUCAGAUUUGGAUUUAAAACACACACACAAAAAAAGCCCCACACAUUAGGAAAGGCCGGAGAUUGGCCGAAGGGGACGUGAGCAGAGCUGUGGAGGUAUUUGCAGGAGCGCGGGUUGUGUGAGCUCUCUUGUGGAGUUGGGCUCGAAACGUGAAAGAGUUUCACUAACAGGUGGAGGAUGCUCACACAAGCCCCAGAGUCCUGAGAACCAACUGAGAGCCAUCCCCAUCCUGACCGCUUUUGUUGCAAACAAGCAAACUGCUUUCCAAGAAAAGAAGUUCGAUUGGCCUCCAGAGCCUGGAGAUUUAGCAGACAACCGCAGCUGAGGAUGCAGAGCGCCGUGGCGGUGCGAUUGCUGGCGCGGGGAGCGCUCCAUGCGGGAUUCACCCCGGACACGAUCACCAUGACUGGGCUUCACCUCCUCUUGGCUGCCGCUCUGCUCUCCAGCUUUUCCCAGAGCUUCGUGCAGGCAAACUCCUGGUGGUCUUUGGCAAUGAACCCAAUUCAACGGCCUGAGAUGUAUAUUAUUGGCGCCCAACCUCUCUGCAGCCAACUGAACGGCCUGUCGCAGGGGCAGAGGAAGUUGUGCCAGCUGUACCAAGAUCAUAUGGUUUACAUUGGCGAGGGGGCAAAGACGGGCAUCAAGGAAUGCCAGUACCAGUUCAGGCAGAGGCGAUGGAAUUGCAGCACCGUAGAUAACACCUCCGUGUUUGGAAGGGUGAUGCAGAUAGGUAGCCGAGAGACGGCUUUCACUUAUUCUAUAUCGGCAGCAGGAGUGGUGAAUGCAAUAAGUCGUGCGUGCCGUGAAGGGGAGCUCUCAACCUGUGGGUGCAGCAGAGCUGCCAGACCCAAGGAACUUCCCCGAGAUUGGCUGUGGGGGGGCUGUGGUGACAACGCAGAAUACGGCUACAGGUUUGCCAAAGAGUUUGUGGAUGCCAGAGAGAGGGAGAAAAAUUACCCCAAAGGCUCAGAAGAUCAUGCCAGGACGCUAAUGAACCUGCAGAACAAUGAAGCUGGCAGGAGGGCUGUGUAUAAUCUGGCAGACGUGGCGUGCAAGUGCCACGGAGUGUCUGGCUCUUGCAGCCUGAAGACAUGUUGGCUUCAACUGGCUGAUUUCCGGAAGGUGGGCGAUCUGUUGAAGGAAAAGUAUGACAGUGCAGCUGCCAUGAAGAUCAACCGCAAAGGGAAGCUGGAACUGGUAAACAAUCGCUUCAACCCUCCCACGGCAGAUGAUCUCGUUUACCUCGACCAGAGCCCUGACUAUUGUGUGAAGAAUGAGACCACAGGUUCACUGGGCACCACAGGCCGCCUAUGCAACAAGACGUCGGAGGGCAUGGAUGGCUGUGAGCUAAUGUGCUGCGGGCGGGGUUACGACCAGUUCAAGACCGUACAAGUCGAAAGAUGCCAUUGUAAAUUCCAUUGGUGUUGCUACGUCAAAUGUAAAAAGUGCACCCAGAUAGUUGAUCAGUUUGUUUGCAAAUAACUCCAAAAAAAGAACCUUCUGUUGUAACGAGCGCCCAAAAGUCUUCAUUUGUCCAAGCACAAGUGCUAACGUGGUGAAUGUAUGCAUCCUUAGACUUCAGAAGAGAAACAGAAUCACUUACCAGAUAAAACGAACAUCUUUAUAAUCACUUCUAAAAGAAUAUAUGUGUAUAUAUUUAUAUAUAUAUAAUUAACUGGAUCUAGUUACUGCACUCUGCCUUUAGCUUCUCUGGAUCUCCUUGUACAGGAGUGUAGCAAUAAUGACCAAGUCUUGUCUGCUGACUAUUUAUUGAAGAUGAGGUCACAAAAUUUUGCAUUCUGACCUAAUUUAAUUCAGUCUUGAAAGCCAUCUUUUGUCUUCUCCUCCCAUCACCAUUUUCACCAGCUACUUCAUUAAAGUACCGUAUCUGUUGUAAAUAAACAAGCAGCAGCCUAACACCAUUAGCCUGGACUGCUCACAAACAAGGAACCUUACAAGUGAACUGAAAGAGAAAGGAAAAUGAUCCUGUAAGGCGUCGGUACCAGUUUGCGUUAAUCCAUUUUAAGUUGCUUGAUCUUUUUUCUUUCAAAUAGCUGUUCGUGUAUUUUGUAUUUUGCAACUUAAUAACCUGCACUGUUGUUUUGCAAAAUUUAUUAUCCAUCUUUGCAAGGUUCUUGAAUACCUUUUCCUUACAUUCUGCACAAAUGUGUAUAUAUGCUUGUACUUAAAACAUGUGCCAGAAUGAACACAGGCAUGUCCCUCCCAAUUAUACUGCGACUUCAAUUUGUGCAAAGAUACAUAUUUUAAGAUUAAAUAUCGUUUGGUUGCAUAGAAUGUUAUAAAUAUUAUUUUUCUCUAAUAAUAGUUAAAAUUUAAUGAUGGAAACGCAGUUUUAAAAUAAAAUGUGGAAAUUGAAAAUGCGGAUACUACACUUGUGAGAAUAAAACCAAAUGAGAAACAAACUUAAUAAAACAUAUUCUCAAAAAGCUAAAACUCAAAGAUGACUGUCCAAAAACAACAUCUUUUCAUUUGCUAAUAUCUAUUGACUUUUAAUGUGUCAAUGUCUUUUUGUCAGCUGAUGAUGGAUAGUAAGUUCUAAAAGUGUAAAUGAGAACCUGUAUAUACUUAAUUAAUAGAGACAUUGAGCAGGAGUCGGUCAUUUUGCCCUUUAAGCCUGCUCUACCAUCGUAUUACCAUUUUCCUGCCCUCUCUCUUGAUGCCUGCGUAUCUAGAAAUCUAUCUAUCCCUUAAAUGUAUUGUGACUUCUACAGCUUCACCACCCUUUGAAGGAAUACAUUUCCAUUCAUCUCAGCCUUAAGUAUUGUCAAGGUAAACGCCCUACAUCUAGCCAAUUCACCUCUGACAGGAUUUUGCUUGUUUCCAUGCAAUCUCUCAAUUGUUUUUAGCUCUAGUGAAUAUAGUCAAUCCGAUCUCGCAUCGUACAACAAUCCCACCGUGCCAGGAUUCAAUCUGAUGAGCCUCCCUCUGCAGCAAAUACAUUUCUUAAUUCGGGAAACACAAAGUAUUCACACAAUACUGCAGAUGGCGGCACAGUGGUAGAGUUACUGCCUUACAGCGCCAGAGACCCCGAUUCCAUCCUGACUAUGGCUGCUGUCUGUACUGAGUUUGUACGUUCUCCCCGUGACCUGGGUGGGCUUACUCUGGAAAGUUCCAGUUUCCUCCCACACUCCAAAGACGUACAGGUUUGCAGGUUAAUUGGUUUGGUAAAAUUGUAAAAACUGUCCCUAGUGUGUAGGAUGGUGUUAGUGUGUGGGAAUCGCUGGUCGGUGUGGACUCGGUGGGCCGAAGGGCCUGUUUCCGCGCUGUAUCUCUAAACCAAACUAAACUAAAAUGUGGUCACUAAAGCCCUGUAUAAUUGUAAUAAGAAUGUAAUAAGAAAUAUUUGCUUUUAGUGACCAGGAUAAUUGAACUCCAGAUCCCUUUUCCCAACAACAUAUCUCAAUCUAUCGAAAUAAUGUUACUGCUUUCUUUUUUUUUGCAAAGUCGACUUAUCCAUAUUAUAUUAGAUCUGUAUAUGCUCACAAUUGUCUUCAAGUCUCGAUAUCAUCCUCAAAACUUCAGCAAGUUAAAUGUUAGUUGGCAAAUGUCACCUUUCAUCCAUCCAUCCAAUCCAUCCAAUCUUUGGAUGUGUAUUGUGAAUCACUGGCACCAGGCACUCACUCCCCCUGUGGUAACCUACUGCCACCCUGAAAGGAAUCAUUUAUUCCUACUGUUUCUUGUCUGUCAACCAAUUUUCAAUCCCUGCCAGUAUAUUACACCCAAUCCCAUGUGCAAUCAUUGUGCAAUCUAACAUGUGGAAGUUUAUCAAAAGCCGUCUAAAAAUCCAAAUACAUCACAAUAAUUGGGUUUUCCUCUCUACCAAUACAUCGCCAAAAACUCCAGUAAGUUCGUCAAACACGAUUUUCCUUUCAUAAAUCAAUGUGGACUUUGUCUAACUAUGAUGGGGGUUUUUAAUGUCCAGUUAUAAUAUCCUUGAUAAUCACAUUGUAAAUGUCUUUGGUCGUUGUGGACUCGGUCUGAAGAAGGGUCUCGACCCGAAACAUCACCUAUUUCCUUCGCUCCAUAAAUGCUGCCUCACCCGCUGAGUUUCUGCAGCAUUUUUGUCUACCUUCGAUUUUUCCAGCAUCUGCAGUUCCUUCUUAAACAUUGAAACAGUCUUUAGCCUUUUCCUCACUGAUGAAGAUAGACUAAAUCGGCUGUAGAGUCAAAGAUAUACAUCAUGGAAACAGGCCCUUGGGUCCACCUUGUCCAUGCCGACCAAGUUGGCAUACUGGGCGAAUACUAUUUGUAGUUUAAUGCUUUCUCUCAAUACUAGUGUAAUUAUUGGGAUUAUCAAUACCACCCUCUAAUCUGCAGGAGCCAUUUCUCAAUAUGUAUUGACUUUUGGAAGAUGAUAACCAAUGUAACCAUUAUUUUCAUGGCUAUUUUUAAAAAAUAUUCUGGAUGCAACCCUGUGGAUUUUAUGACCUUAGUUUCUCUGGCACUUUUCACCCCUUAUUGAUUCCCCUCACUUCUUUUCAUUAUACUGUAUAUCAGAUGGAAUAUUUGUGACAUCUAGUAAUCUUACACCUGUGUGUUAAUGCACUAUCUGCAAAAACUUUGAAAUUGUUUGAAAGAAUAAAAUAAAUGUGGGAGUCGA